UGCUGGCGAGGCCUGCGUGCGCGGACACAGCGGAGGGGAUAGCGCACUCGCAGCCUCGUGAUGCCUGGGAAGAUCCUGAUGAGUGGUAGUCGCCCCCCUGGCGCAGCAAGGGUGCCGCUCGAGCGCGUCUUGGAGCUGGCUCUCUCGAGGCUGCAAACAAAGGGCGCGCUGCAGGGAGACAAAGCGAGUCGCAUGCGCGCGGCGGGGGUUCUCUUGUUGAGGGCACAAUGAGGGGAUGGGCUGUGGCGCAUGGGUGCAAGGAAAGCACGACCGGGAGUCGAUGAAGCUUUCACUGGAAUGGAUCCGGAUUAGCCACCAGACGUGCGACACGGACGGCCAGGAGAGCCGCCAGCCCACGGCCAGCGCCGCGCAGCACCGCGAGACUGAUGCACGGCGUCGCAGCGAGGAGCAGCGAGAAAUAAACAGAGUGCAGAGCGCGCUCGCCCGCCUGCAAGGUCGAGCAGCGCGGAGGCUUAGCGCGGGCGCCGUCUUGGCGGGCCCGACCUCAGUCCUCUCUUCCGUGAGAUGCCCCCAGAUGCCUUUAGCGAUCAAGACGCCGCCGUGCGCAAAGCAAAACCCGCCCGCCCAUCAUGCAAAGGCCUUGCAAACCCUCACGGCCGCCCCGGCCGCGCUUCCUCCCUCACCCACCCGCACCCCCCUCUCAUCGUCGCUUUCCCAUCCGCUGCAUCACCGCCCCGUGAGUGGACGCGCGAGCGACCCUGAACUAGACAGCGCUCAGGUUCGGUCCUAGCCACAGCCUUAGACAAGCGCUGCAAUAGGCACGCAACCCAGCGGCUGACAAUAAAACCA